ACAAAACUGCUCCUCUCUCAGUGACCACACCAGAACAGCUACGUGUAAACCACUUGAAACACUCAACGCAGCGAAUGAUCGUAUCCCAAAUUUAUUGCAUACAAUUUCGAAAUCAAAGGGUGCUCUCUACACUCUUUGUGGUUAUAUAUAUAUUUUCACAGCCAAGUGUCAUAGUGGCAUAGUUUUAAAGACCAAAACCAAAAAACAAAAACCAAACAAAACCCAAAUUGAAAUGAGAGAUGGAGAAUGUUGGGUCUCAAGUGGGAGGAGCUGCACCCUCAGGAUCUUACUUCACACCCCUUCUGAUUUCCAUGGGAGGCAUAGUCUCCACAACCCUAGCAAUAGUUGCAUACCAUUUCAUCGUGGUUAGGUUCUGCCUCAGGAGAAGGCAGAGGCUGAUGCAGAUGCAAUUACAAGCAAGCCUCUCACAGCAACCACCAAUCAGCCAAUCCAAUGGGGUUGAUGAGAAAGUCCUAAGUUCAAUCCCAAUUCUCUCAUACUCAACCAAAAAUUGUGAACUUUUUCAGGUCGAUCAAAGCGAGUGUGUGAUUUGCUUGGGUGAGCUAGAAGAUGGAGAUAUGGUGCGUUUGUUGCCCAACUGCAAGCAUCUGUUCCACAACCCAUGCAUAGACAAAUGGUUUUUGGGACAUACAAAUUGUCCAGUUUGUAGGGCAGCCAUAGCUGUGCCUACUGCCUCUGUGGCAGCAUUGCCUGUGGAAAAUGAUCAUGAUCAUGAUCAAGUUAGAGACAGAGAAGUGGAAGCAGAAGCAGAAGCAGAAGCCGAAACCGGGGUUAAUUACUCACCAUACCCUCAUGAUCCAGAGCAGGGUGUACUUAGCGCUUCUAUUACUACUACAAAUUCAACCCAAUUACCAAAACCAAAUUGUUUGCUUAGGCAUUGUGUGUCUCUGGUGGUGUUGCCUAUAGAGGAGCAUAAUAAGCGGCAAAGUUUUGUGAAGGGGUUGGAGAGGUCUUUGUCUUUGGAUCAAUCCCAUGUUCUUAUUGACAUAUACAGAGAAAGUGAUGACAAGCCCUCUUCUUCAUCUUCAUCAUCAUCUUCUUCUUCUUCUCCUUCAUCGAAACCGGUUCUUGUGCAGUGUGGAUCAUUGAAGGCACGAUCGAUGAGGCAGCUAGAUCGAAUGUCCUCAGUUUUAGUAAGAUCUCUUUCCCAACUGCGGAUGAGCCAGAGUAUCAGCAUAGCUAAUGGCCAAGGAGUUCUUCCUUGUUAGAAAUUUUUUUAUUUUUUUAUUUUCAAAGAGGAGAGUCGAACUUUUGCCGAUAUAAUGUUGAAUCAAGUUUUUUUACCUUACUAGGAUGUUUAUUUAUUUGUGACAAUAUUGAUAUCUUUGUGAAAAAUAAGAAGCUAGGAUGACUUUGUUCAAAAAUAUUUUUUUCC